AUGUCGGCUUCUCCCUCGAACACCCAAACGGCCAAGCGCCCUCUCGAGGAUCCAUCAUCUCCCUCGGCCCCCAACGACCAGCCCGAUGCUAAGCGCCCGGCUCUCGACAAGGUAGUGAAGAAUGAUGCCGAGGCUGAGGCCGAGACCAACGUGAACAACCAGAUCCCCUCCGUGGAGGACGCCAAGGACACCCAGGGCGACACCGUCGUCACCGAUGCGCCCAACGGCAAGGCCCACGACGAGACCCAGCCCAUCCAAUCGACUGCUUCCCACGGCGACCGCGCCGGAUCGCAGUCCGAUUCGCACGCGCCUCAAGACGAAUCCAGCUGGAUUCACAUCCGAGCCGUGAUCUCCAGCCCCGAGGCUGCGACCGUGAUCGGAAAGGGAGGUGAGAACGUUUCCCAGAUCCGCCGUGCAUCUGGCGCCAAGUGCACUGUUAGCGACUACACCCGGGGUGCUGUUGAGCGGAUUUUGACCGUGAGCGGACCUCAGGACGCGGUGGCUAAAGCAUUCGGCCUCAUCAUCCGUACCCUGAAUAACGAACCCCUCGAGGCCGCUUCCACUGCCCAGUCCAAGACGUACCCUCUGCGCUUGCUAAUCCCUCACAUUCUCAUUGGUUCUAUUAUCGGCAAGGGCGGGAGCCGCAUCCGUGAGAUUCAAGAGGCUUCCGGCGCACGUCUCAAUGCCUCGGACGCCUGCCUCCCGUUGUCGACUGAGCGAUCCCUCGUCAUCCUGGGUGUCGCUGAUGCGGUCCACAUUGCGACUUACUACGUUGCAGUUACCCUGGGUGAGCAACUGACCGAGCGGUUUGGCGGCCCUGCGGCGUCUGCAUAUGCCACUCGCAGUGGUGGCCCUGCUGGCGCUGUUCCUGGUGGUAUGCAGGUUGUGCCCUACGUUCCUCAGCCCGCUGGUGGCCAGUACGGACACCCAGAGAGCUUCACGAAGCGUGGCCCUCAUCCCAACCGCGCUCAGGCCGGUCCAUACGGUGUUCCCUACAUUGGCGGUCCUACUCCCGGCCCCGUCAAUCAGCCCCCUAUGCCUUACGCUGCACCGCACACCCCCUAUGCCGCCCCUGCUCCUCACCAGGCCGGCCCCUAUGGCCCUGGCCCCGGUCCCCAACCUACGCCCGCCCGUGGCGGUCCCCCUACUGCCCCGGCUGCGGGUGGCGCCAUGCCUGGCCAGCCACUGACCCAGCAGAUUUACAUCCCCAACGAUAUGGUUGGUGCCAUCAUCGGUAAAGGUGGUGCUAAGAUCAAUGAGAUCCGACACCUGAGCGGCAGUGUCAUUAAGAUCAACGAGCCCCAGGAAAAUAGCAACGAGCGCCUGGUGACCAUCACUGGUACCCAAGAGUGCAACCAGAUGGCUCUGUACAUGCUGUACUCACGACUUGAGAGUGAAAAGCACCGCGUCUAA